AUGUCGGAUAAUUCAGAAAAUGCUCCUAAUAUUACAGAUCUCCCAAAGAAGAUUCAAGAUCUUGAAUCUAUCUUUGAAAUACAAUCAAAAUUAAUUGCAACAACAAAACAAAAAUUGAUUGAAUUACAAUUAAAUGAAGUGAAGUCCAAAAUGAAGCAACUUGAUACAAACAAUAAUAUUGAAUCUACCAAUACUUCAGAUUUUGUCAAUAAUGAAGAUAUAGUUCAAUUAGUGACAGAAUUACAAUCUCAAUUGGAUAGUUUUGAAGAUAGAACAUUACGUCGGACAUAUAAUUCAUCACUUAAUUCAAAUACAGAUAAAAUAGCACCUUUAUCCAACAAAGAUGGUGAUUUUCCAGAUUUCCAGAUUCCUAUUACUAUUGAUGAAUUUAAAAAUUUAUCGAAAGAAAAAGUUAUAGAAAUGGGAUUUUUUUACGAAAUAAUUUUACCUACUAAGGAAGAAAUAGAUCAAGUUCUUAAUUCUGAUGAAAAUAAAGAACAGAAUAACAGUAAAAUUGAUAUAAUUAAUAUUAAUAAGAAUAAAAAUAUCUCACAAAUCUUAUCAGAAUUUAGUGAUGAGCAGGUUGAUGAAAUUUUUGAUGAUUUAGCAAGAUUUUUUGGAAUUAAGCUUAGAAGAGUAAGCGAUGGUUGGUAG